AUGUCAAGGAGCAACAUGCCAACACCCAAGAUAUCGUUGAAUCUCUCCUUCGUCCUGGUGGCUAUAGCACUCGGAGCAGCAGGUGUGGGGGCAGUCCCUGCCACGAAUGACUGGUCGAAACCCUGCUUCGACGGCGAAUGUGCCUACGAUUUACCAGUGCGCGGCGACUCGGCCCUUGGUGCUUUCAAAAUUGCAGGUUCACCGAAAGCCAUCACGGAUAUUACACCCGCCGCGGGAUGGGUUAUACUCGACUGUGACCCGCAUGCCUUGUCGCAGGAAAUACGUCUUGUGUGUCAGUCCGACGAUGAGGCGAACGACGAAUCGUGUAGCCAUGUCUUUGGGCAUUGGGGCGCAGUCGAUAAGAUCGUAAGACUUCCCGAUGGGUGUAGCGCAGCUCCAUUUGCGAGAAUUGCGCAGGCGACCGUGGCGCAUGAUCAGACGCUGCCCGGCCACGUCGAGGGAAAGGUGGUAAGAAGAGAUGGUGUUUCGCCUGUCAUCCACUCCUUCAAAGUCGACACCAACUUCGCAGAAGUCGAUGCGUCCAAAGUCGGUGAUAUCAACUUCGCCUUCGUAGGGCUGACCUCUCCCUCUCCCUCGCGAGACUUCCCCUCCGACACUGACCUCAACUUCGAGUUCGUCGACGGCUGGUUUGACGAUGCUUUCAAAUCGGUCGGGGCAUGGACAUCCGGCGCCGUUCAAUCCGUUGGGAAGGCUGCCGGGGACGUUGGCAACGCUGUAGGACACGCUGCUACAGACGUCGGGAAAGCCGUGGGCCAGGCAGGGCAGGCGGUCGGGCAUGCAGCUGAAACUGCUGGGAAAGCAGUAGCAGGAGCCGCCGGCGCUGCCUUCAAGGCAAUUAAAGACGUACCGGGGCUCUUGGAGAACGCUACGUCCUUCCAAUUCGAGCCAAAGGUAGAAACCUCGCCUGCUAAGUUCGAUGGCGCUGUGAAUCUCAUCAACUAUCACGACACGAAAUGUGUUGGUGGUGGAGAGGGUGGCGUGGCUUCAGGUUCGUUGAAGGUGGAUUUGGACGGGAAGGGUAGCGGAAGUGUGAAAGCCGGUGUAAUCGUUGAUGGGUCGAUUGUUCCCCCCAAGAUCAAAGACUUUGCUGCUUACGCGGGGCUGUCGUUCGAUGUGGACGCUUCGGUCGUGAUCAAGGCUGCCAUUCUAGGUGGAUACGAGUCUGGAAGGAUGAGUGUUAUAAAGCCUAUUGGCCUUCCAGCCCUCUCCAUCCCUGGCGUCCUCACCAUAGGGCCUAUGAUCGAACUACAAGCCGAGGCGAAAGCGUUACUGGAUUUGAAGAUCGACUCGAACGUUCAUCUUGCGUACAAAGUGGAUAAUCUGGAAUUGUGGUACCCCAAAGCAAAGAAGGCGUCAGUAGAGAAGGGUAUACAUACUAAGCCCGCUCCCCUCAAACUCAAGGCGAAAGCAAAGGCCAACGCAAAAGGAUAUAUCGAAGGACACUUAAUCCCAUCCCUCAAACUAGGCAUCUCCGCGCUUGCAGGCAAAGCUGGUGCGGAUGUGUUCCUCGAGGCCGAUGCAUUCGCCCGUGUUAGCAUCACUGCCGAAGCCCACGCAACCGCCAACGUCAAGGCGGGCGGCGCUGCUCCUGCUGCUAAGGGUGCACCUGCCGCUCCCGCCAAAGCCGCUGCCCCCGCUGCGGGGAAGAAGGGCAAGGGCAAACGCGAUAUUUACGUACCACCUUACGCCUACGGCUCCCGCCGUCGAGAUAUCUCCGCCCAAGAUGGCAGCGAUGGUGCGCCAGCUGCGGGCGUGAAGGCUGGGUUCAGUGGUUGCGUCGAUCUAUCGGCUGGCUUGGAACUGAAUUAUGGUGCAAAAGCGAAUGUGGGAGAUCUUUGGAAGGUCAAUGAGAGUGGGUCAUUGUGGAAGAGCCCAAUCUGGCCCAUUUGGUCGGGUUGCUUUGAGGCGGGCACCAAAGCUGCGAAACCAGCUGGAAAAUCGUCUUGGGAUCCUGCGACUCUGGAGAAGAAAUUCAAGGAGAAGAAGUUGACGUGUGAUGCCACGGACGUGGGUGACUUGGAGAGCAUUCCUGAUGAAUCUCUCCCAGCGAAGACGUGA